ACUUCAUAACGUAACCCAAUACAGUUCAAACUAAAUUAUUUUUAGCAGACAGAUUUCUUUAAAAUUUUUAGAAUAUUAUUUUUUUAUUUGCAUACAUUUUAUCGCAGACGUUGCGUAACACGUGUGAUUUGUUUUUAUAGCUUUAAAAAGUCUUGUGAUGGGGGACGAUACAAACCGCAAUAACGGUGGAUCCGAUCAGGAAUUCAAUCCGGUGCAAAUAAUAGUUGAGAUAAUCGAAAGCUUGCUGUACCCGAGUGUUUUGGAAUGUCAGCAACGUCAACUCCAAUUGGAAUGGGCUAUAAAUCGUCCGAUUCUCUAUAUAGACGAUAACAGUAUCACAAGGAAGGAAAAUCUGGAAGCUUCAAUACAAAUUUGGAAGGGCAAGGUCACUGCUUGGUGUCUUCCCUCAAUUUGUCAAUUGUGUUGCCAAUAUUUUGUUCGCCAAAUUUUUCCGGUGAAUGUUUUUCGCGAGGGCUCUGAACUUACUACCGUGGGUUUUCGAUGGAUGAUAUUAUACUUGCUAAACAAGCUGAUGCUAUUUUUUCUGGCUGUAUUUGGGGCAACUAAAUAUCUGAAAAUGCCCAUCAUAUCGAUGAUAUUGGGGCUAAAUGCUUUGGUUGUUAAUAUCGAGGUGCAGCUACUAUUUAUCAUUGUUCGCCAUGACAGAUCCAUGCUUAUGCCAGAAUUUAAAGUGUGCUUGAGGGUCACUCUACGGCCAGUUGUGAUUUUAAAAGCAAUGAUUGCUUUGAAAAGCAAUGAUUCCAUCGAUCGCAUUGAGGCACGUUUUUGUGUCUAUACGCAAUUUAAGAAGACGAUUAACAAUGUCAAUAAUAUGGUGCAUAUGGGACAGAUGAUACUUAAUCCUUGCUUGGAAUUGGUUAUAUCGCGAAAUUGGCUAUUCAACGAAGCGUAUCCUUUUGGCCAUCAUUAUGUAUUGCAGAGGGCUCAAAGGACCUGGUAUCGUCUACUGGGUUUUAGGCCCUUUAGUCGACCAGUUGACCGUCUGGAGACCAUCGAGGAGGUUUCUGAGGAGGAGGAGAAAAAGGAGGAGGAGCAAGCUAAAGAACCAGAGCAUUUCAGUCCAGUGAACCGAGAGCAAUCAAGGGAAGAUCACUUGAGGGCAAUGGCACGUAUACAGGAGCAAAUCGAUUCACUGAUGUCUCAGGAAUUCGACUUAACCAGACGAGCCGAUUGUGUGGAACGCUUCAAUAUGAUUUGGUAUAAUGAGUCAGAUGUGUCGUCGGAAUCUGAUGCGGAAGUACUGAGCGAUACAAGCGAGGAAUUUAUAGCAAUGCCACUUUGGCCCUCAAGUCCCUCAAAUCGAAGCUCGUUAGUUGAUAUUGAAUCGCGAGACCAAAAUAGUUAUAAUGAUAGUGAUAAUGAUACUGAUAAUGAUAGUGAUAAUGAUAGUGAUAAUGAUAAUGAUAAUGAAAAUGAGAACGAAAGCUAUUUGAGUCAGUUGCAACGCAUUUGCGAGGAAAGGCAGCUGGUCGCGGAGGAAACUGGGAGUCCCCAACCCGAAGAAGAAGAUGAAAUAAUACCUACCGAGGAUCAGGUGCUACCCUUGGAAUCCUUUGUGCAGCAAACCGAUCGACUAAUCCAUCAACUCGAAAAGAAACUCUAGUGCCCCAUCCGUCCCUUUUAAAUUUUAGUAUUUCAUUAUUAUUUGGAGUUACAUAUGUUAAAUAUCAAUUAACAAUGUGGCAAAAUUUCAUCCAGGAAUUGAUAUCACUUUUUCAAGAAUAUAUUUAAGAAUGUUAUUGAGAUCGACAACUCAACUAAUAAAUGGCAGUCUCUAAGAGAUUUCUAUACAAGGGA